AGGUUUAUUAUCCAAUAGACCCGCUAGAUUUUUAGGUAAUGAAGCCAAAAGCUUCAGCGAAGCCUAUGGCUCUCUUUCUUCCUCGCUCUCUCACCUUCUCUUCUCCUAGGCUUCGUUAUCUAUCACCUUCACAGCGCAAACAUCAAACUCAGAACCCUAGUUUUCGUGUCUCGUGUUCCUCUACUCGAGAACCGGUGAUAAAAGCUGCAGAAACAGACUCGAGACCUGACUACAAGUCCGGAUUCUUGGAUGACCUGUUCCUCCAUCUUUUCCGAAACAAAAUGGCCCAGGAAGUUGGGUGGGACUCGGAGAAGCCUGGGUAUGAUGGACUAAUUGAAGUUGCAAAUCAUCUGAUGAUUGGCCGAACCAACUCUGAAACCAAAGAAGCUGCGGUGCGGAUAUUAAGAUCCCUGUUUCCUCCACUAUUGUUAGAGCUUUACCGAAUGCUAAUUGCUCCUCUAGGAGGGGGAAAAGUGGCUGCCAUGAUGGUUGCAAGGGUGACUGCAGUAACUUGUCAAUGGCUCAUGGGUCCAUGCACUGUUAACUCUGUGGAUCUUCCUAAUGGAACCUCAUGGAAAAGUGGGGUGUUUGUCGAAAGAUGCAAGUAUUUGGAGGAGAGCAAAUGUGUUGGAAUUUGUAUUAAUACGUGUAAGCUUCCCACACAGCAGCAUAUGUCCACAGAACAUCUCAACAAGUCUGAGUUGGCUUCACAAGUAUUAGAUGGUAGGCCAUGCAAUUCUCUUCAUGAUGGACAGGAGUUUGGGAAGACAUUGACAUAGUAUGUAACAUAUAAUUGGCAGAAGGAUUGCUAGACUGCAUCUUGCAAAACCAUUGCAGUUAGGUAAAAUAAGUCAGGAAUCGAUUUACACUUGGAACAAAAUUUGUUUACUGGACAGUGAGUUUAAAUUGAAUGUGUUUUGGAACUGCCACAUAUCUUCGUAAGGAUGGGGGUCACGACUACUUGUUUGUGUGUCAUGGAAGAAUGCUUUUUGCCCCCUGGACCGAACUGCUGUGCUGAUUUUAUGAAGUAAUGAAUUACUGUGUAAAAUAUCACUACAAUUUGUAUCAAUUACAAAUAAAUCACUCUGUUCAUUUUUAAAGUUGGUAGUUUUAUUUAUGGAUAUACACCAAAUUUGAGUUGAAAAUAGUAAUUUUUUCACCAUGGUUUCUGUUUUAGACUUUCUUCAAGGAUGGCAUGGGAGUUCCUCUCCUGAUGGAACCAAACUUCAGUGAUUAUAGCUGCCAGUUCAGUUUUGGGGUAGUCCCACCUCUGCCUGAAGAUGAUAGCAGUCUCAAGGAGCCUUGCUUGCAGAUGUGCCCAAAUGCUAAUCGACGCAAAGAAGUCUCUAGUAGCAUUAAUGCUUUGAAAUGUCCAAAGGCAUAGACUCUCUGGGAGUCAUGUUAUUAUUUCUUACCAAAGUAACUAUGCCUAUCUAGCUGUACCAUAAAAUUCUUCCAAACUCGAUCAAUUCUGAGACAAAAAGAGGCCUUGAUGUUAUUGCGACUUUCAGCAAUUAUCAAAUUUAAACCGUGUAGGGGGGGUAUCAUAGCCUUUGUGCUCGUGUGCUAACUUAGAUUGUAGGGUGGGUGUUGAAAGAUUAACAAAAUUGAGUUCUCGGGUAUGAUGAAAAAUAUGCUCCCCCCAUGCUUUACACCAAAAGAAAAAAAUCUUAAGUAGGUCAAAAAUCAGAAACAGAUAGCAUCACUGUAAAAGGAAUCCAACAUCAAU